AUGGCUUUGUCAUAUUUAAUUGGCAAAUGUCAAUGUAUUGAUGAAAAUUGUUUAGAACAACAGUAUGCCAUUUGUCCUCAUUGUCAUCUAUGGCUUUGUCUUAAACAUACAUGUAAUCAUCAAAAAUUGGUUAAAAUAUAUGCACACGAGUUAAGUGAUCAAACUGAUCAACUUGUCAAAGUAUUUGAUACACUAACAGUUGAUCAAAUUUAUACUGAUUGUCAACAAAAAUUAGAUUUAUGGAAAAAUCAAAUGAUAACAAUUAUUAAUACAAAAUAUCAAGAAUCAUCAAAACAAUUAUUUGACUUUAAUAUGCAAUUAUUAUUAGAAUUUAAUAAAUUUAAACAAGAUAGUUUAAAUGAAUUACAAAAUGAAAUUGCCAUACCACUAUGUGAUAUGUUAACAAAACAAAAUCAAAUACAUCCAUCUAUAUUAGAUGAUAUUAAUAUUAAAUUAACAAAAAUACAAACGGCAAUUGAUAAAAUAAAACAAUUAUUGUUUAUACAGAUUGACUGUGGGAAUGCACAAUUGAAUGGUGAUAUACAAAUUUUAAAAGAUAGUUUGUCUGAUUAUGUUGUCCGAAUGCCAACAUUUGAUAUUGAACAGUUAAACCAACAACCAACAAAAAAAUUUGCAUUAAAAUCAAAUUAUAUUGCAGCAGCUGCUUCUGAUCAAUUUAUUCUUGCCUAUGAUCAUCCAUCAUUGGUAUUAUUUGAUUGUGAAAAAGAAUUAAAUCGUGUUAAAUUAAAUAAUAAUGAAGCUGAAGUUUAUGAUCUAUGUUGGUCAAAUACAAUGUGUGCAUUUCUUAUUCUAACUCUUCGUUCAUUAUACGUUUAUGAUCCAUUAUCAUCAGGAUUAAAACAAAUUGAACAAAUAAAACUUACAGAUGCUGAAAAUAUUUGGUCAAUAACAACAUAUCAAAAUGAUUUAUUUAUUUGUUAUUUAUCAGGUGAAUGUAUAAUUGAAUGUCGAUCAUUACCAUCAUGGCAAAAAUUAAGACGAUGGAAAAAAAAUGAUAUUUGUGAUAAAGAUGAUGUUUAUAUUCAUUGUAUUCGUGCAAAUGAAGUUUUUAUUGGAAUGACAAUUAAACAAGUAAAUAAAACAUGGAAAUUUGGUAUAUUUGAUCAUCAAAUGUCAAAAAUACGUCAAAUACAAAUUGAUCAACAAAUUGAUCAUAUUAAUACAUGUAUGUUAACACCAAUUUGUAGUCAGAAAUGGUUAACAGUUAAUAGUAGUUUAAGAAAAAUUUCAUUUAUUGAUGAAGAUAAUAAUCAAAUAAAACAAAUUAAUAAAAAUGUGAAUAAUGGCUUUUAUUUUGGUGAUCAGUUGUUUGUUUUACGAACAACAGAUGGUUUAGAAUUUUAUGAAUUAUAA